AUGGACCACAACACUUCACCAAUUAUUGAGCGCCCUGCCGGCGAGGAUACCAUCAUGAUGUCCUCCCGUCCACCACCUGCUUCAGAAGAGGAUCACAACAAGGAAAGCUACACUGUUUCUCCUUCGAGUGAUGCAUUUCUCGAAAAUGGUAGUAGUACCCCACCAAAAAUCGAAAUGUCCAGUCUGCUAAAACAGAACGUCUUCAUGGUUUUUAUCACCUUAACCCAACUAGUUCAAAUGAUCCCUCUGGGAGCCGGUAUUAAUUCUAGUUUUGCUAUCGGGGCAGCAUUGGGAGCAACAGAGGCGCAGUCACUGACAUGUCGUUAUUUCAAAGGAGGUCGUCUAGGUGCAGUCUAUGGCCACAAGAACGUCUUCACCGCUGGUUGUGUUUGGUGGACUCUCUGGGCAUUGUGCGGUGGAUUUUCUGAUAACUUGAUAUCGAUGUGUAUUGUGAGAGGAUUAUGUGGAAUAGGCGGUGGUCUGAUGAUACCAAAUUUUGUGGCUUUGCUAGGCAUCACCUUCCCACCUGGAAAGAAGCGAAAUUUGAGUUUUGCUUUAUUUGGCGCUGCUGGUGGAUCUCUUGUUGGUGCGGUUAUUAUCCAGCUUUCUGAUUGGAAAUGGCUUUUCUUUAUGCUUGGUCUGCUCGGAUUUCUUGUUUACGGAGUUGCGAUCAUGGCUGUUGGUGCGGAUAUUCCCAUCGAUUCAAAGGGCACCGUAGACUGGAUUGGCUCUUACCUGGGAGUCGCUGCUCUCAUCCUUUUUAAUUUUGUCUGGAAUCAAGCACCACUCGUUGGAUGGGACAGUCCUUACGAGAUCGCACUUCUUCUUGUGUCUGUAAUUCAUUCUGCCGGAUUCGUAUACUGGGAAAUGAAAGUCGCCAAAGAACCAAUUUUACCAUUCAACAUCUGGAAGGCCCCCUCAUUCGGACUUUUGAUAUUGACCGUUUUCUCUUUCAUAAGCCUGGGUAUCUUUUUUUGA